CAGAACUCUCACUUGUUUGAUCAAACUCAUCUUCACGAAGUGCUGACACCAGUGUCUAGCAGGGAAGGUAGAUGAAAGAGGUUAGAAACAUACCGUAAACGUUUCUAAUAUCAGGAACUUUGGAAGGCUUAUUUGAAAACAACCUCUGUCGGAAGAAUGGCAUCAUCUUGCCUACAGAUUUGUGCCUUGCUGCUGUCUUUAGCAGGAUUCACCAUUUCAGUUGUUACUACCAUGUCCAACAGAUGGAAAAUUUCAGACAUUGGAACAGUGCUAGUUACUACAGACUGGAUCUCUGAAGGUCUUUGGAUGGACUGUGCAGUGACUGCUGUUAGAUCAGUUCAGUGCAAGAAAUUUCUCUACAUGUUGAGUUCAGACACUUACAUUCAGGCAUGUCGUGCGUUGAUGAUCACUUCCAUCCUUUUGGGAUUCAUAGCUGCAAUACUCUCGCUGCUUGGUUUGAAGUGCACAAACAUGGGGGUGAGCAAUGAAGAUGGAAAAAUGAAGCUUGCUGUCACGGGAGGAUUUCUCUUUAUUUUAGGAGGUCUCUGUUCCAUGGUGGCUGUUUCUUGGUAUGCUGCGAUGAUUACCGCUCAAUUUUUUGACCCAUUGUACGCUGGAACCAAGUAUGAACUAGGAGAUGCUCUGUACUUAGGCUGGGCUGGAUCUGUUCUUUGUAUGCUUGGUGGGAUCUUACUGACCUGUUCAUGCAAACGGAAGAAAAACCAGGAUUUCAGUUUCAACAAAUACACGUAUUCAGCAGGCCAGGCGUCUCCUCAGCAGCACACGUACACCAAAAACUCUGAGACAGUCAUAAGCAACAAGGAGUACGUCUAAGCUUACCUUUUACGUCACCUGUAACGUUAGUAGGUUGUGACCUCAAAUAAAGACGUGAACUACUUCCAGGGUUCCGGUUCCAAGUUGCAAUCUUUCAUCUUAAUUUGGAGCAGUACAAGGAGGAGGUAUGGUUUUCAGUGUAAAUAGAAAUGGUUUUCAGUUGUAAAUAAUAGGUUUCUACAGAAGAUGCUGUGAUGUGAAAUCCUGCAGCGUGAAGGUUUUCUGCAUGCUGAGGAGCCUGGUAAAGGUUAACCUCAGGGUUCAGUGUAUCCUGACAAUCAAGAGCAACUGUUUCUAUUUUGGCUGACUCAGAAAUGCAGAACUGAUAUGCUGUUGCUAACUGCAAGUUAAUACACCUCACAGUUAGAAAUGGAUUAGGUUUGCAUUAAUGUUUAGCUUCCUACUUUUGUUCAGCAGCUUUAGCUUUUGACAUUAAAUAAACUUUAUUCCACAGACGACUGACUGAAACUGAUUUUUUGAUGAGUGGUACCCUGGCUAUUAGUAAGCAUAUAGCCUGUAUACCAUGGGCUAGAAACCUCAUGUCAUAGUGAAAUUCAUAUUAUGUAUGAUGGUCAAGAUUUAUAGCAGCUACAAAAAAUUCCAUAAUAACCACUCACCUCCAAGUCUGCAGAUAUGCAACAAAUUUCUUGUUGGUUGUGAUACGGAUAUCAGAUGUGAUACAGAUAUGAUGCAGAAUGAACCAAACACAGCUGGGUGUGCAGCAAGCAUCUGGUGCUAAAAUGCUUUGUGAUAACUAAGAAGAUCAUAGCCCCAUUUUUUAAUUUUUAUUUCUAUGUUUUCACCUUUUAAAAUAAUCCUAUUUUAACUUUGAGAAUUUCUACUGCAUCCGAAUUUCUGAUUAAUGUAUUUCCCCAGUGCCUUUAUUCUCCAUCAUUAGAAUUUCUGCUUUAAACCACUCCACUGCUGGGAGCAUGUGUUUGCCUUGUGUAAGCACUCAGGCAGACGACAAUGAGCUCACUUUACUUUGUAUUGAUGCUUUGAGCCAUGUGCAGUGGAAUUUCACACUGCAGGUUCACAGGUUUCAUAACUUGUGAACUUCAUAACCCUUUUACAUUACAAAUAUAUUAAUACAAUUCAACACAAUACCUUGGGGUUUCUCUCUGCUUUUACUGACUUAUCCUAAGCACAACUGUAGUCUGAUUUAGAAGUUUUGUGCAGCCUCCUUGAUAUCCCAAUAGAAAAUUUCACAGGGCAACCUGCAAGCACAAAAUGAUUUAACCAUGAAAUGAACCUUAAGCAGAAAUGAUUUAGCCAUGUUGCUUGCAUGCAGAUAGAGCUGACUUAUAAACUGAUACAUUAGGGCACGAAUUGGGCAAUGACAGGUCUUUAAGGCUUAGUAAGUAAAGAAGUUAGGAUUACUUUUAGAUUGCCAGCGUCAUCUUCUUUCCUCCAAUAUCAACUAUUGUUUUUAAAAUAAUUAAUUCCUUUGGAAUUUUGGAGAAUAAUUUCAAAAGCUGAAAAGCCACUCAACUUGCUUGGUGGGAGCUGAACUCCUCACCACCAUCUGCAUCUUGUCCUCUGGACAGUGUAUAUUGUGAAGUCACUGGGAAGUUUAGUUAAAAACCAAGAGUAAAAUCCCUAUUCAGUGACAAUUAACUCAUUCAUUCAAUAUGUUAUGUCAUUCAGGUGAAAAUGAAUGCUGCAGAUAC